CGCGCUGGGAUCUGUAGUCCCAUUAUCUUUCCUCUCCAGGAUAAGGUGCCCACUGCGACAGUGAGGGAACUACAUCUCCCUGUGUGUGUCCAAUGCAAUCGGCGAGUUUCCAGGUGGCCCUGGAAAAGCAGACUGGAGAUUAAUCAGCGAAAGCUGAUGGAGGUUUUCAGUGGAUGGAAAGUGGGCCAAAGUAACCUCGAUAUAUUUAUUUUCACAAUAUUAGGACGUGCGUGGCACAAUUGUUUAAAAUGACUGGACGAUGCUUCGGGUGCGCGGCCAAAUUCACUUUGCUGAAGAAAGAGCUUGCCUGCAAGAACUGUGGCUAUGCUUUUUGUUCAUCUUGCCUUGGUCACAUCGCUUUGGUCCCCCGCUGUGGAAAUACACAGCAAAAAGUCUGCAAACAAUGCCAUGGAACACUUACAAGCACCAAAAAACAGGAUAACACUGCAAGAUGGUCACCACCAGAGAACUACAAAAAGCGGGUAGCUGCUUUGGAAGCCAAACAGCAAGGUCAAGCUGCAGUUCACAAAGCAGGGUGUCAGCCACUCAGCCGUGACAAUACAUCAAAGCACCGGGGUCUUUCGAAAGAGGAUCGAGCCAUUGCUGAACGAUUGGAAAAGCUAAGGGGAGAAACAAAACCAAAAUCUAUACCAUCUCAGAAGGAGAUUGAGUGUCGGCUAGCUGCACUGAAGAAGGACUCUCAACGGCCCAUGCCUUCCACCAGGGAGAUGGAGGACAGGUUAGCCCUGUUAAGAGGCCAGACCCCACCUUCUCAGGCUCCUAAACCCAAUCAUCAGGCUCCUGAUAGCAGGUCUCAAGCAGAGCAAGCCAAUGACCUAUUCAAACAGAUGUCAGAAGAAGCAGCCAUAGAUGAGAAGUACGGCUCUGGUAUUGAAGAUGACGGAAUGAAUGACCUGAAUAAAGGAAUUGAUCCGCGAAACUUCAAAUGUGACACCGCUAAAAACAUCAAUCUUCUUGAGGAGAAGAAUUAUCUCAUGGACCAAGCAACAGCUGAACUGAAACAGGACAACUUGCAUCAGGAGCGUAUCUUAAAGAUAUCCAGGAGACUGGCCACAUUGAAAGGAGACGAUCCGAAUGCUGGUGAGUUAUCUAUGGAUGACUGGAAACAUGCCGGGCUAGAUAGUGAUGAAGAAAAUGAGGAACUGCUGACCCAGCGAAUUCUGAAACAGGUAAAUGAAGAAAUUGCUUUGGAUGAAACAAGUGGCUACAAUAUCCCUGUUGAGCAACCUAAACCAGUCAAGCCAGUGCCUGCAGGGAGAAAGCAACUGCCUACCUCCCCUGCUCGAGCAGCAGCUGAGACUGCAGACAGUGAUGAAGAGCUACCUUGGUGUUCCAUCUGUAACAAAGAUGCUGUCCUCCGUUGCCAUGGCUGUGAUGGAGACCUCUACUGCCAUCGAUGCUUUAGGGAAGGACAUGACAAAUAUGAGCAGAGGGAACAUAAAACAUCCAAGUAUAGUCAACCAAAGAAGAAGAAAUAAGAAAGAGUCCACACCCUUGACACAAUCUGACACUGAGGAAAUUAAACACUGCAUUAGCAAUUGCAUAAAUCUCUAUCCAAUUAACAGAGUGCUACUGGAGGAUUGAUAAUAACUCUCUCUCCUGCAUCAGAGUCUUGAUGGACAGCAUCCAAAGUAUUUCUGUUAUUACAAGACUCGUGUCUGCAGUGCUGUAGCAUUGGUACCUGUGCAUCAUCAAUGGUGAUCACUACAUUAUCAUCUGUGGGGUGCUUGUGCUUUAUAAAGUUUGCAUACAACACGAUUAGACAAGGCUGCGCCUUAAGACUCCAAAUGUUAACUUUUAGCUUGUCUAACACAGGUAAAAAGACUGUAACAUAAGACUUAGAUUAGUAUUGACUCCAAUUAUUAUUUAAUGGAGUGAUUAUUUUGAGCCACAAUUUAUCUCAUGUAUAAUUUAUUGAAACAAGUGAUAACACAUUCGUGGACAAAUCCUAACAAUAUGCUGAUAUUUUAUUAAUUGCUAUCGAACAAGUUUGUCAUAAGCCAUUACCUUCUUAUUUAAACCCUCUUAGGGAUUUCUAUGUGUCUGCCUGUUCUCAGCUUCUACCGCCAUCAAUCACAGUAGGUAAGCAAGAGUGAAUUUGGGUAACCCUGCCUCUCUGAUUUCCCAGCUUGUGGGUAUGUGUUUGGGUCCCACGUGUUGACUCCUUCCCACGGUGAUUGUAGCCAACCGUGGAAAUUGGCAGAUUGAUCACACCAACUUUGACCCCAUCACCUGGAUGGACUGCUCACCUAAUGGGGAGGACAGAAAAAUGGGAUUAGGAGGCAGAGAUCAGCCAUGAUUGAAUGGCAGAGUUGUCUCGAUGGGCAAAAUUGCCUAAUUCUACUAUAACCUGUGAAAUGAAGCUCACUCUCAUAGAAUAUUGUGCAAACCUGGAGAUGCUCUUUGUACAGAUGCUCUGAUUCUAAACACAUAACAUGUCAUGUUAUGACUUAUUGCGGAUAGCAAAGUUGCGACAUUGCUGAAUAAACAUGUUCCCAGUAAAAUCACGUAUUUGCUAAAAAAAAUGCCCUAACCACUAUUUCAAAGCAUUUUAUAAUGAAUGCAGCUCGUAUACCAACAUCAAUUAAAUAUUGAGCCUUACUGGAGCUUGGCUUCUCCCUUGACAUGUACGGUAUUCAGUUUGGUUCCUUGCUAAAUACAACGUGGACUUAAAAUCCUGUUCCAUGUUCUCAUUAUUAAUUUUAAGUGAUGUGGAUGUCACUGGCAAGACCAUAGUUAUUGCAAAUUCUUUGUUGCCAAGAAAGUGGUGGUGAGUCACCUGGAACUCAUAAGUUCACAAGACAUAGGAGCAGAAUCAGGCCAUUCGUUCAUUGAGUCUGCUUCGCCAUGUCCUAUCAAUCUCCGCUUUAACAAUACCCAAUGGCCUCAACCGUUGUCUGUAGCAAUGAUUUCCUCAGAUUUAUCACCGUCGGGCUAAAGAAAUUCCUCAUCUCCAAUCUAAAGAUAUGUCGUUUCAAUAAUACCCUUUGCCCUCUGGUCCUAGACUCCCAUUACCGGAAACAUCUUUUCCACAUCCACUUUAUCUCGGACUUUCAUUAUUCGGUAGAACUGCAACUGUCCUAAUGAGAGUGCUUUCACAGUCCUGAAGGAGGAGGGGAUUCCAGGAUGGAGGAAUGGUGAUAAACAUCCAAGCUAGGGUGAUGUGCAACUUGGAGGGGAACUCGCAGUGUUAAU